GGAGGCACAAUUUCAGUGUUGUUUGUCCAUCUUGCCCUUCUCUCAAAGCAAACAUCAUUUUCUCUCGUUUCUCUCAACACAACAUCUAUUUCUCUUUUUUGUUCUGUAAAUCCAAUCAAGAACAUCAACCCUAAUUGGAAUCUUCUUGAUUUAGGGAUGGAUGUGAAUUACAGAACCAUCCAUAUGACGUAGAUGGUUCAAGAUUGACCCAGCCGAGAUCGCGUCUUCGUCUCUCUCAUGUGCCGUAGAUGGUUCAAGAUUGACUAUGAGACGAGAGAACAUGUCACCAUCGCUCUCUGCUACAAAUCCACUCCCGAUCGUUUCAGCUGUAGGAUUCGAAUCUGAUGUAUCUCAAGCUCAAAGGGAAGCCUCGUGCAACUAUUUUCAGUCUCAUCUCUGAGAACUGGGAGGGUUUGUCACUCCUUGGGUCAAUGAGAUAGUUGUAUCGCUCGAAGGCUUAAAUCUGUGCACUUUACUACUUUAGGCGAAUGAUUGUCAGUGACUUGGAUCUGGAUGUUUUGGCUAAGGCGAGGUUAGAUAAGCUUGAAGGUUUGAAGCUAGAUAAGUGCUCUGGGUUCUCUACUGAUGGGCUGUUGAGCAUCGUCAAACCCUGCAGAAAAGGGAAGAGGAAUGGAAAUCAUGUACAAACGCAGAGGAGGUUGGACAGGUGUUGGAUUCGAUGUGGAUGGUGGAAAUUGAAACUUGUGCGGUCUCAUUCUACUCAAUAGUUAUAUCUUGGGUCUACCAACUUCGCCUUUAGCAAGUUAAUCGACUCGUCAAUUUUCUUAAACUUCACCUUAUCACCGUCACACACAUGACACAUCCAAUAUGUUAACAUUUUUCAUUAGUGGACAAAGUUCCAGCAACAUCAUUUUGUUUUGCACUAAUCCCACAUAU